AUCAUUUUUGCGGUUAUUGUUCGUCGAAGAAAAAAAUGGAUUUUCCAAAAUAUGAUGGAAAUAUUCAUCCAGACGAAUGGAUAAAUGAUAUUCAAAAAUACGAUUCUUUUUGGAAAGCCAGAUACGGUAUAGAAUAUUUUAAUACUGCUGUGUCAUUAAUAGAUCCUAUAAUAAAAUUACCAACUGGAAUUGAUAAUUAUGAAAAGCUUCGUAAUGCACUUAAAGAAGAUAUUUCUUUUAUAAUAUUUAAGAAUACAAAUAAAAGAAAAUUAUUAUCAUUAAAAUAUAUUCCUGAAAGAAAAGGUGGUGAUACUUCAAAAUUCAUUUCAACUUUUCGUAAAUUAUGUUAUAAUGGAGAAAUUAAUGAUAUUGAAGAACAAAAGAAAUACCUUUAUAAAUCACUUCCGAGCAAUCAUUUUGAUUAUAUUUCAAAUGAAUUUUAUAAGAGAAUGAAAAAUAUAAAUUCUAUCAACGAAUUAGUCAGAGAAUUUGAAAAUAUUGUUUUAGAAGAAUCAAAUUUAAUUAGAAAUGGAUCUAUUGUAGCGUUAAAACAUGUCGCUACAGGAAAAUAUUUAGGUACAUUUGAAGGUUUAAAUUACGAGACUGGUAGCAAAAAUCAACUGAUUUCUGUACAAAGCUUAGAACCUGAUCCAGAUUCUUGGUGGAAGAUUCAAUUUAGUAAAGAAAUAGCAACUUGUACUGAUACUCCAAUAACCCUACAACACGCAAAAUCCAAUGUUUUUCUUGGAAUAUAUUACUGGGGUGGUUAUUAUUAUAUUUGUAAUAAAUCUCCAUCAACUAAUCACACGGAAGUAUUUUGUAUAAAAUCUAAUUAUAAUGUUAAUAUGUGGUACGUCAAGCACAGUAAAUUAGAAAAUCAUCAAGGAUAUUUAAAUUCAAAUGAUAUUAUUAACCUUAGUAUUAAGAAAUGUGAUAACAAUGGUAAUAUUCAAGAUGAUCAAGUUGAAUUUUUACGUAGUCAUGAUAUUCAAUUUACUAUUGGAAACGAUGCUUUUCAAGAGGUAGUUUGUCAUAAUGAAAGAUUAGGAGGAAAUGAUGAAUGGUGUAUCGAACUUAUUCACGAAGUUAAAAUUUGAAUUGAAUUGGACCGCAUGGAAAAAUCUCUCUAGUUUACAGGGUGGACACGAAUUUAUUUUACGUAGGGUGAAUUGAUAAAUUUCAUUGAAAAUUAUUUAGUAUAUAAUCUAUAAAAAUUUAUUCUAGUACGCUUGUUCUGUUAAUCAUUGAAUAUAUUAAUAUCGAAUUGAAUAAAUUAUAAUAAAUUAA